UCCUUUUUAUCCCAAAGAACCAAAUUAUGGAAUUGCUUCUGCCAUCACUGACUCAUUCUUUGUUUUGUAAAAGUCGUGUCUUAAACUAAAAUUCACGACCAACAUGAAUCACCGUCAUCUAACAAGACAUUACAACUUUUUUAUGGUCUAACUACGAACUAUGAAUGAUAGUAUCUAAAUACAACAAGUUGGCGUUGAGGAUGACUGUUAUUGCGGGAUCAAGCUUAUGUCGUUUUACCAAAAAGCUAUUCUCAUUCUUUCACACCAGUAUGACAUUCCCUCAGUCUAUGAUUAGGUGGAUUAAAACACAAAUACCUGUCUACACACGAGCGAUAAGAUACCCAUUAGUUUUCCCACGAAGGCUUAUAUUGGGCGAACAAAA